GGAUUAAGGAUCCAAAUUCCACUGCAACUGCUGGCUACUUCUCUACAUAGAUCAUGAAUCCAUGGUUACUUACUCGCUAGAAUGGCAAACGUCUCGGUGGCAGCGGAAUGGCAACUCCUCUACAAUAGGUACUACCGGAAGCCCGAGCUCUACCCAAUGAGAUGGAAACACGUCGACUUGAGCCGGAACAAGAUUGCCUGCGCUAGCUUCGGAGGCCCAAUCGCCGUGAUCCGUGACGAUUCCAAGAUCGUCCAGCUCUACUCCGAAUCUGCCCUCCGCAAGCUCAGAAUUUUCACCUCCUCCGGCGUCCUUCUCGCCGAGACCAUAUGGAAGCACCCGGGAGGACGCCUGAUAGGCAUGUCAUGGACGGACGACCAGACACUCGUCUGCAUCGUGCAGGACGGCACCGUUUUCCGCUACAACAUUCAUGCGGACCUUAUCGAGCCGCACUUCUCUCUGGGGAAGGAGUGUUUCGAGGAGAAUGUGGUGGAAUGCGUGUUUUGGGGGGACGGCGUCGUGUGCAUCACCGGGGCCGGGAAGGUCUUCUGCGUGACGGAUUUUAAGAAUCCCAGGCCCAGUAGGUUGGCGGAUAUUCCGGGAAUGGGUGGGGAGGAGGAAGGGGUGAUGCAUUGCGUCGUGGUGAUCGAGCCUCAGUACACGAUGUCUGGAAAUGUUGAGGUGUUGGUGGGGAUGGAUGAAGGGUUGGUAAUGGUGGACGAGGACGGAGUGCAGCCGGUGGGGCUUGGCGUGGUGGAGGGACCGUUGCAGAAGAUCGUGGUGUCUCUGGAUGGGAAGUAUUUAGCUUCGUUCACUCAUGAUGGGAAGCUUUUGGUGAUGACUACGGGGUUUUCAAAGCUCUUCGAGUACGAGUGCGAGUCAGCCCUUCCUCCAGAGCAGAUGGCUUGGUGUGGAUUAGACAGUGUGCUGCUUUAUUGGGAUGAUAUGCUCUUGAUGGUGGGUCCUUUUGGAGAUCCAGUGAAAUAUAUUUAUGAUGAACCAAUGGUGUUUAUCCCCGAGUCUGAUGGAGUGAGGAUAUUAUCAAACACCAGUAUGGAAUUUCUACAACGUGUACCUGAUUCCACUGUAUCUAUCUUUAAGAUUGGGAGCACAUCUCCUGCUGCAUUACUUUAUGAUGCCUUGGAUCAUUUUGACAGGCGGAGUGCUAAGGCUGAUGAAAAUCUGAGAUUAAUACGCAAUUCCUUGCCUGAGGCUGUUGAAGCAUGUGUUGAUGCUGCAGGACAUGAAUUUGACAUUUCCCGUCAAAGGACGCUAUUAAGAGCUGCAAGCUAUGGUCAGGCUUUUUGCAGUAAUUUCCAACGAGAUCGUAUUCAAGAUAUGUGUAAAACUUUGCGGGUCUUAAAUGCUGUGCGCAGCCCUGAGAUUGGCAUUGCUCUUAGCAUUCAGCAGUAUAAGUUGCUUACAGCUCCGGUUCUAAUUGGACGUCUGAUUAAUGUCCACCAACACCUCCUUGCAUUCCGAAUAUCAGAAUUCCUUGGAAUGAAUCAAGAGGUGGUGAUAAUGCAUUGGGCUUGUUCAAAGAUAACAGCCUCACUAGCAAUUCCUGAUGCCACUCUUCUUGAAAUUUUACUCGAUAAGUUGAAAUUAUGCAAAGGAAUAUCUUAUGCAGCAGUUGCUGCUCAUGCAGACAAGAGUGGUCGCCGGAAAUUAGCUGCAAUGCUUGUUGAGCAUGAACCACGCUCCUCCAAACAGGUUCCUCUUUUAUUAAGCAUAGGGGAGGAAGAUGUAGCUUUGACGAAGGCAACAGAAAGUGGUGAUACGGACCUCGUAUAUCUUGUCGUCUUUCACAUCUGGCAAAAGAGGCCACCAUUGGAGUUCUUUGGAAUGAUUCAAGCCAGAUCACUGGCACGUGAUUUGUUUAUAACUUAUGCACGGUGUUACAAGCAUGAAUUCCUGAAGGAUUUCUUCCUAUCAACUGGACAAAUUCAAGAAGUUGCUUUUCUUCUAUGGAAAGAAUCAUGGGAAAUGGGAAAAAAUCCAAUGGCAAGCAAAGGAUCUCCACUUCAUGGCCCACGCAUAAAACUUAUUGAGAAGGCCCAAAGUUUAUUUGCAGAAACCAAGGAACAUACUUUUGAAUCAAAGGCUGCUGAAGAGCAUGCAAAGUUGUUGAGAAUUCAACAUGAGCUAGAAGUGUCUACGAAGCAGGCUAUUUUCGUUGAUUCAAGUAUCAGUGACACGAUUCGGACGUGUAUUGUACUGGGAAAUCAUCGUGCUGCAAUGAGAGUGAAAGCAGAAUUUAAGGUUUCUGAGAAGAGAUGGUAUUGGCUUAAAGUUUUUGCUUUGGCUACAAUCAGAGAUUGGGAUGCACUGGAAAAGUUUUCCAAGGAGAAAAGACCUCCAAUUGGUUACAGGCCUUUUGUGGAAGCAUGCAUUGAUGCGGAUGAGAAAGGUGAAGCUCUGAAGUAUAUCCCAAAACUUGCAGAUCCCCGUGAGAAAGCUGAGGCUUAUGCUCGGAUUGGCAUGGCGAAGGAAGCUGCAGACGCUGCUUCUCAGGCAAAAGAUGGUGAAUUGCUUGGUCGUUUGAAAUUGACUUUUGCGCAAAAUGCAGCUGCUUCAUCAAUUUUUGACACUCUUCGUGACCGACUUUCCUUUCAAGGUGUUUCAUAAUCCUUUGAGGAUUCAUAUAUCUGCCAUUUUAAAUUCUGUUGUAUGCGUACCCUGAGUUCAUACAAAGAUGAGUAGUAGUUUAAACUUUAAAGGCUAAGAAGUCUCUCCCUUUAUGUAUUGCUGCCUUGUAAGUUGUGCCAAUUAUAUCCUUUGUACAUGUACCCGUUGGUGAGUGAAUGCUUUUGUAAAAUGAUGUAACAGUUUCUAUAUUGACCCUUUUGUUUUGCAA